AUGCAAACGUUCGAAAGCCUGCCGCACCAUGAGUUUGCAGACGUGCGACUACCAACAUCCGAUAAAAAUCGUACCAUCGAGACAAACCAAUCCUUCGUCCUGAGCCCUGCAAAAACAUUUUCUUUCGAAGACAGGCCAGUGCCGAGCCUGCAGAGCUCGAGACACGUUCGCAUCAGGGUGGUGGCAACCGGUCUGUGUGGAUCUGAUGUACAUUACUGGCAGCAUGGCCGCAUUGGUGGAUAUGUCGUCGAGAAGCCCAUCGUCCUUGGCCACGAAUCCGCAGGCAUCGUCGAGGAGUGCGGAGAAGAAGUCAAGAGUCUUGUCGUGGGAGACCGCGUAGCAUUGGAACCAGGAAUAGGAUGCAACACAUGCGAGACUUGUCGCGGUGGCCGAUACAACCUUUGCGAAUCGAUGCAAUUCGCUGCAACACCCCCCUACGAUGGUACUCUGUCAACAUUCUACUGCCUACCUGAAGAAUGCUGUUUCAAGCUACCAUCACACAUCUCGCUACGAGAGGGAGCUUUGGUUGAGCCACUGAGCAUUGCUGUACAUUGCUGUAGUCUUGCUGGAAAUCUACAAGGAAGGUCGGUCGGAGUCUUCGGUGCCGGACCCAUUGGUCUUCUCUGCAGUGCUGUUGCACAGGCUUUUGGCGCCUCAAAGGUGGUCGUUGUCGACGCUGUAGACUCAAGGCUAAUGUUUGCGCGGGCCUUUGGAAUUCACCAAACGUACAAAAUGCAAACCGAGACUCCGGAACUGAAUGCAAGCCAGCUUCUCGCCGAUGCCCAAUCGCCUUCCGGUUUCGAUGUGGUCAUUGAUGCUACAGGGGCGCAGCCUUGCAUUGCCUGCGGUGUUGCUGCCCUCAAGAGAGGUGGUGUCUUCAUCCAAGCCGGCCUCGGAGCACCAAAGAUCGACUUUCCUAUCGGACAAAUCUGCGACAAAGAGGCCACACUGAAGGGUAGUUUCCGUUAUGGGCCGGGCGACUACAAGUUGGCCAUAGGCUUGCUGGAUUCCAAUCGCAUCAGAUUGAGCAGUCUGAUAACGCACGAAUUUGUGUUCGAGGAUGCCGAGCAGGCUUUCCAAAAUGUUGCCAGUCGUGGGGGAAUCAAGUCUAUAAUUUACGGACCGAAUAUAGAUAGGACCUUGGCAGGAGCUGUGAUCGAGCAGAAGCAAGCUGUGUCGGCUUCGCGGCUGUAG